CUCUGGGUCCUCUGGGUCCUCUGGUAUACAUAGUUUUCAUGGUUUAGCUGCCGAGGGCCGGUUACUGUGACCUCUCUUGUGACCUAGUCACAUUGAUUUGUUUUUACAUUUACUUUUUUAUUCUUUUUUUUUAUUUCCCUUGGUAUUUCGGUACUUAGUGACUUAUAGCCUCCCCUUUCCCCUUGACUCGAAGCGGACUGGUCUAGGCAAAGAUGGAAAAGGCAAGGUCAAGCUACAAGUCUUCAAAGUUGUAUUAAAACCUUCAACGGUCCGCCGUCUUUACCUAGUCUCAAAAUCUAUCGUCCGGUUAACUUCCUCCUUCUUGAUUGGCGUACCGCGGGUCAAUUCGAUGUGGAGCAUCCGCGAUGCUUUAGAUUGACACUCCCGGAACUCGUUCCUUUACAGAAGACGGCCGCUCCAGGUUUUAGAUCUACUGGACGCAGCUGCCGGCGUAACCUUGACGGCAUGCCGUUUCGUCCUCAGGGAGGUGGACCUCCCGGAUUCCCAAUGCCGUUUCACUCGCCCCAGUCCCGGUCACCUCCACAGGCUUCCUCAUCACGAGGGAUGGCAGCUGGGAUAGAUCCGUCGGGUCCUUUUAUCCCGUUCCGAGAAUCACAGUUCGACAUUCUCGAAUGGUAUCCUCAAUUUCAGUCAUGUGUCAGGUACUUUUUGGAUCACGCCCAGCACAGUGGUCCGGUACAGGCCGUUGCGGCAUUCAUAAAUAUACAAUUACCUUUUCAAAAACCACAGCAUCCUGUUAUUUCAUCGCAGUUGCCCGGAUCGCCGGUGGGUGUAUCGUCUCAGUCGCCAAUUCUUCCAAUACCGAAUCGUACACCAAUAUCUAUCUCUUUGACGCCAUAUAUCCGGCGAUUAGUAGCAACCGGCUUAGAUCUUCCAGGCGUGUUGCAUGGGUUCUUUGGAGACGACUGGGUUGCCGGGAUAGGGCACCUUCAUGAAGUGGAGCGGAGAAAUUUCCUCUUUGCCGCUAAGAGUGCCGGCUGGCUGAAGGUCAAGUCACAAUACGACAUGCCGGAUGAGCAGACCAUUCCUUUCCUGCGUCCUCUCCAGAACGUCACCGAGAAAGAGAUUGUUAGCGCAGAGGCAAAUUGGAGCGAAUGGCUGGCAAUGCAAGACUGGAUGGUCGGUCCCAGGUCACCUGAUGUCGAUAGAGAUAUGGCAGUUGUGAAAAGCGAAGACGCCUGAGACACGAAGCGGGUAUCGCUAAUGCAGUUUCUACAUACCUAGGUACAUUAGGAAGACAGUGGGCAACUGGGACACAUAAUGCCCGGAUAUUAGACGGGAUAGACAGGAUAUAGGUUGAUUGGAUGCGGUUUGCUCUGGGGAAAGGGAUCAGGCAGGCGUAAGGGUUUCAUUUCACGGCACCAGAGAUGAUCAGCUACCUAGAGAUCGUCGAGCUGAGAGUUUCCAUUUAAGCAUUCUCGGGAUAAUGGGUUGACUUGAGUGUACCGCUAACGCGCCUUAUACUUAUCCACAGGAUGGAAGGGAAAAGGCGGGCGAUUUUCUAUAAAAGACUGGAUUGGUUCGAACUGAUUAGGGAUUGUUAAUUUUGUAGAUACCUACAUGUAUCUUAGAUCUUGCGUAGGGUAUAACGGGGCGGUAGGUAUAAUAAUUAAGUUGAAUUCGAAAUCUGUUUACAUUCAA